CGGGUUCCUGGCUAAGACCCCCGCAGCCUAAGCUCAAGCCGGGCGGACUCCGGGCGCCCGCACGUGCUGCGGAUUCCCCUCCGCUUACCCCGACCCAUCCACCUCCUGCAGACUCCCUUUGCCCACCUCCUCUUUCGCUCCUACAGCAGAGGAUUCUACGCAAGCCAUCGUCGACCGGUCUACAGAAUGGGCCAAACUUCUCACAGCUGGGGUCACGUGACCCUCAACCUUCUCUGCUUCGGGUUUUUUUUUUUAACUAAUUCCGGCUUUGGGAAGCUUCCCAAAGACGGGUGGGCACUAGUUAGAGCUGAGACAUUUUACGAAACUUCCGAUCCCAGUAACUGAAAGAAAAAAAAGGAAAGCGGUAGAAGGAGGGAAAGUGGGAAGGUGAGGUAAGAGAUACAUGGGCGCUAUGUUUAAGAUCUCCCAACUCGUGGAAAGCAGGAGAGCUCUCGCUUGCUUCUAAGAACUACAAAACAUUGGGGGAAGGCACAGAAAAAGCUCUCGCGAACUCUGAGAGCCUUUAAGGAAGAGGCCGACUAGAAGAUCCCGCGAUGUUAUAACUAAACGAACGGGAUUUAGCCAGGCAGAAGUAACGGUAGGGAUAAGAGGGUUGUUAUUGGUGGGGGCAGAGAAGGAAGGCGCGCGACUUACGUACUGACGUAAAGUCGUAGUUGAUAUAUUACGGCCGUGGCCAAGCUGUGUACUUCUCCUCUGAGGUGUGGGUGUUCUAAAACGGUACAUUUGCCCUGGGAAACUCCCGAGUUCUCGGUUCCCUUCAGGCAUGAGUCAUGUGGCGGUGGAAAAUACGCCCGGGCUGGAUCAGCAGUUUGCUGGUCUAGACCUGAACUCCUCUGAUAAUCAGAGUGGAGGAGGAAGUACAGCGAGCAAAGGGCGCUAUAUACCUCCUCACUUAAGGAACAGAGAAGCCUCUAAAGGCUUCUAUGAUAAAGACAGUUCAGGGUGGAGUUGUAGUAAAGAUAAGGAUGUCUACAGCAGUUUUGGAUCCCGAGAUUCAAGAGGAAAGCCCAGUUACUUCAGCGAUCGUGGAAGUGGACCAAGAGGAAGGUUUGAUGAUCGUGGACGGAGUGACUAUGAUGGUAUUGGCAGUCGUGGUGACAGGACUAGCUUUGGCAAAUUUGAACGCAGUGGACACAGUCGUUGGUGUGACAAAUCAGAUGAAGAUGAUUGGUCAAAACCACUGCCACCAAGUGAACGUUUGGAGCAGGAACUCUUUUCUGGAGGAAACACUGGAAUAAACUUUGAGAAAUAUGAUGAUAUACCAGUAGAGGCAACUGGAAAUAACUGUCCUCCACAUAUUGAAAGUUUCAGUGAUGUUGAAAUGGGAGAAAUUAUCAUGGGGAACAUUGAGCUUACUCGUUACACUCGUCCAACUCCGGUGCAGAAACAUGCCAUUCCUAUUAUCAAAGAGAAAAGAGACUUGAUGGCUUGUGCCCAAACGGGAUCUGGAAAAACUGCAGCAUUUCUGUUGCCCAUCUUAAGUCAGAUUUAUACAGAUGGUCCAGGCGAGGCUUUGAAGGCUGUGAAGGAAAAUGGAAGAUAUGGGCGCCGUAAACAAUACCCUAUCUCCUUAGUUUUAGCCCCAACAAGAGAAUUGGCUGUACAGAUAUAUGAGGAAGCCAGAAAAUUUUCAUACCGGUCUAGAGUUCGUCCUUGUGUGGUUUAUGGUGGUGCUGAUAUUGGUCAGCAGAUUCGAGACUUAGAACGUGGAUGUCACUUGUUAGUUGCCACUCCAGGACGUCUAGUGGAUAUGAUGGAAAGAGGAAAGAUUGGAUUAGAUUUCUGCAAAUACUUAGUGUUGGAUGAAGCAGAUAGGAUGCUGGAUAUGGGGUUUGAACCUCAGAUACGACGUAUAGUUGAACAAGAUACCAUGCCACCAAAGGGUAUUCGCCACACUAUGAUGUUCAGUGCUACUUUUCCUAAGGAAAUCCAGAUGCUUGCUCGUGAUUUCUUGGAUGAAUAUAUCUUUCUGGCUGUAGGCAGAGUUGGCUCCACCUCUGAGAAUAUCACACAAAAAGUAGUUUGGGUGGAAGAAGCAGACAAACGGUCAUUUCUUCUUGACCUCUUAAAUGCAACAGGGAAGGAUUCACUGACUUUAGUGUUUGUGGAGACCAAAAAGGGUGCUGAUUCUCUGGAGGAUUUCUUAUACCAUGAAGGAUAUGCUUGUACCAGUAUCCAUGGUGACCGAUCACAGAGAGAUAGAGAGGAGGCUCUUCACCAGUUCCGCUCGGGAAAAAGCCCUAUUUUAGUGGCUACAGCUGUGGCAGCAAGAGGACUAGACAUUUCAAAUGUGAAACAUGUUAUCAAUUUUGAUUUGCCAAGCGAUAUUGAGGAAUAUGUACAUCGGAUUGGCCGUACAGGACGUGUAGGAAACCUUGGCCUUGCCACCUCGUUUUUCAAUGAAAGAAACAUAAAUAUCACGAAGGAUUUGUUGGAUCUGCUCGUUGAAGCUAAACAAGAAGUGCCAUCUUGGUUAGAAAAUAUGGCUUAUGAACACCACUACAAGGGUAGCAGUCGUGGACGUUCUAAGAGUAGAUUCAGUGGAGGAUUUGGUGCCAGAGACUAUCGACAAAGUAGUGGUUCCAGCAGUUCUAGCUUUAGUAGCGGUCGUGCAAGCAGCAGCCGUAGUGGUGGAGGUGGUCACAGCAGCAGCAGAGGAUUUGGUGGAGGAGGUGGCUAUGGAGGCUUCUACAAUAGUGAUGGAUAUGGAGGAAAUUACAACUCCCAGGGGGUUGACUGGUGGGGCAAUUGAAUCUGCUUUGCAACAAAGUCAUCCUUACAAACAAGCUAAUAUGGAAACCACAUGUAACUUAGCCAGACUAUAUUUUAUAGCUUUAAGACCUUGCAGUACAUUACCAGCUGUGAUUCUCCUGAAAAUUUAAGGGAGCUUCAAAGUCACAAGAAGAAAGGAACGAUCAACAGCCUUAUUCAGAAGUUGAAGACGUAAUUGCUGUAGUUUGGAUUAACUCCCCUCCUGAUUUCUCACCCCAAACUGCAUUUAUAAUUUUGUGACUGAGGAUCAUUUGUUUGUUAAUGUACUGUGACUUUAACAUUAGACAGCUUAUUAUUUUGAUGUCCUGUUGGCUCAAUAAUGCUCAAGAUACCAAUUUGUUUUGAAAAAAUAAAUUUCCUGAACUUGGGCUAAAAUCAAACCUUGGCACACAGGUGUGAUACAACUUAACAGGAAUCAUCAAUACAUCUGUAGUUAUUAAGAUGGGAAGAAAUCUUAGGCAUUAGUUUGCAUUAGACCUUACUGGUACUUACAGACUGGGGAGAACAUCCUAAGGCAGAAUUAGUUUCAAAGGUGGCAGACUGUACUAAGCUAAAGUUCCGACUUGCUCACUCUAUCCUGGAUAGGCACUUAGAAUCUUGUAGUUUUUAAAUAAGCCAUUCCAGUCAAGAUGAGGUGGCAUGUAUGAAUACAUUCACAUUUUUCAAAGCAUUCUUCAAAGUUAAUGCAAAUAAAUAACAGCAGUUCCUCUUUUAAUGUUUAGGUUAUUAAUUUUAACCUAAGUAAAUGUGGGCAUACUGUUACAGGAAAAGUUUUAAAGGUUUGACAACAAAAAUGUUUGAGGGAGAUUUACUAGAUUUUUUAAUGCCUGCCGUAAAUAAACUUGAAAUGGUAGGUUAGCUGACCAUAGCAGUGACCAGUCUUUAUAGGCCUGCUUGGAUUUUGGUCUUCCAUGCAUGCUAGUGUUGAUGUUUUUUGGUCAAGAGGAUAUGAGCAGGAGGGAUUAUGCAGCAGGCUUUACUUUAAUGUAGAUUCACAUUACUCUCUUUAAGCUGCGUUGAAAUGUUAAAAUGGCUUACACUUGUAGACUUUGUAGAUCAGACAACAACAAUGAACUGAAAUCCUUGAGAACACACAGGUUGGAAAUGUGUACUAAACUGCAUAAGAUGUUAUUUCUAUAUACUGCAGUUUUAGUCUAUUUUAGUUGCAUAGGUUUCCAUUAUAUUUAUAGUCUCUUUAUGAUAAAUUUGGCCAAAGAUAAUUAUCCACCACUAAAAAUGCCUCUUCUACUUGAAUUCUGUGAUUUUUGUGGCCAGAAUGUAUAAUCUUUAAAAACUAAUCUCUGUGAUGGAAUAAGCAGGCAAAAAUUUUCUUAAAGUGCAAUAGAUUUUCAGGAAUAUUGUGCCUUGUUCUAAAAACCAUUAAGUAGGUGCACUUGACAGUAUUGAGGUCAUUUGUUACGGUGCUAUUUCAAUUAGUAUAGGUUUAGAUUCUUGUACAUUUUGCCCAUAACUUUUUACAAAGUACUUAUUUUAUUGCACAUUCAGAGAAUUUUAUAUAUAUGUCUUGUGUGCGUGUCCUUAAACUUCCAAUCUUAUUUUGUCUCUUGGAGAUUGUUGAACGCAGCUUGUUAAGAAAUAGAUUCUAAAAUUUUAUUUGGGACCAUGGAAUGAUAGGUGAGAAGAAAACUAUUUGCACACGACAGAUUUUUAGAUACUUUUUGCUGCUAGUUUGUGUAGUAUUUAUUAAACAUUUUUGACAAAUAUUUAUUUUUGUAAGCCUAAAAGUGAAUUCUUUGAAAGUUUAAAGAAACUUGACCAAAAGACAGUACAGAAACACUGGCACCUGAAUGUUGAAUGUCACCAUAUGUGAAAUAAUAUAUUUCGGGGUAGUGUGAGCUUUUAAUGUUAAGUUCUAUUAAACAAUUGAGUCAAAUUAAGCAGACCUGGCACUGGUGAUGUAGCUAGCUGUAACUUUCUGACAAAAUUUAAGACAAAAUUGGCAACUUGAAAUUAAAACAUGCCAAGGUUUUGAUACACUUGUCUUAAAAGUAUUAAUGAAACACUUCUGAACACUGAUAAUGAAGUGUCCACAUUCUCAAAGGUUCUGUGAGUUUUGUUUUAGUUAUGUUUUUGUUUGGCUUGGUUUUCAGUGACUGUCUGGCAUAUUUACAAUCCUCAAACAUGUGGUUAUCUUUGUGUAUUGCCAUAAUUCGUGACUUUUAUAUUCAGUUUUAUCAGUUCACAAUAUUACCAGUAAGAAUGGAUUUAAAGUUGCUGAACGUAGACAUUGACCCUCAAGUCACUGUAAGUUAGUAAUUGCAUAUUGUAUUAGUUUUAGAUGCUAGCAGUGCAUGUGCUGUUUAUUCUGAUUUUACGAAAAUAAAAAGUUGAACACAA